CUUUCAAACCACCGCUCCCUUUCGCGCACCAUCGUCUUUAUCUUCUCCAAACUCUCCCUCACCGACGACCCAAACCCUCGCCGGAGAUGGCCGCCGAUGAGCCCGAUUGGGCCCUCACGGCCAAGACCCACCUGCUCGGCCUCAGGCUUUACGCCAUCGUUGGGAUCUCCGCUGCAAUCAUCGUCCUCCUCUUCGUUCUCCUCGUGCUUAUCGUAUGCCUUCGUUCCACUCAUCGACGGGCAACUCGGGUUAAGCAUGCUUCCGGCGUGAUCCCGAUCUCGAUGAAGGAGGUUGCUGUCGGUGAUCGGAAGGUGUGUUGCUCCUCUGGAGAGGCGUCUUCGUCGUCGUCGGAGGUGAAACCGGUGGUGGGGAAGAUGGGGAAUAUCGGGUGGGGGCGAUGGUAUACGCUGAGUGAACUGGAGGCUGCUACGAAUGCGUUUGACUGCCGGAAUAUCAUUGGCGAGGGCGGCUACGGAGUGGUUUACCGAGGGGUCUUGCCUGAUCUCUCCGUGGUAGCCGUCAAGAAUCUACUCAAUAAUAAGGGUCAGGCAGAGAAGGAGUUCAAGGUGGAGGUUGAAGCCAUUGGUAAAGUGAGGCAUAAGAAUCUUGUUGGUCUUCUUGGAUAUUGUGCUGAAUCUGCGAAAAGGAUGCUUGUAUAUGAGUUUGUCGAUAAUGGCACAUUGGAGCAGUGGUUACACGGAGAUGUUGGGACUUUCAGCCCUCUUACUUGGGAUAUUAGGAUGAAAAUUGCGAUCGGAACAGCAAAAGGGAUAGCUUAUUUACACGAAGGCUUGGAGCCUAAAGUUGUUCACAGGGACAUAAAAUCUAGCAACAUUCUUCUGGACAAGCAAUGGAAUGCUAAAGUGUCGGAUUUUGGACUGGCUAAGCUCUUAGGACCUGAAUCCACCUUUGUGACUACACGAGUGAUGGGGACUUUUGGGUAUGUUUCCCCUGAAUAUGCAAGCACAGGCAUGCUUAAUGAGGCAAGUGAUAUUUAUAGUUUUGGAGUUCUAUUGAUGGAGAUCAUUUCAGGAAGAAACCCUGUUGAUUACGGAAGACCAGUUGGGGAGGUAAAUUUGGUGGAGUGGUUCAAGGGGAUGAUUGGGAGGCGGCAAGGUGAAGAAGUGCUGGAUCCAUUAAUUGAAGUAAAGCCACCACCAAGAGCUUUGAAGAGGGUAUUACUUAUUUGUCUCCGUUGUGUAGAUUCAGAUGCUCAUAUGCGCCCGAAGAUGGGUCAAAUUGUACACAUGCUUGAAGGAGAUGAGUUCCCUUUCCGAACAGAUCAAAGAUCAACAAGAGCAGGAGAGAUAAUAAGUUCACCAAAUGCAUGCUCAACUGACAUUAAAGAAUCACAAAAAGCUGGGGAUACUAAUGAAGAAAGGCUAAUGUGGAGAUGAUACACAGGUAAUUCAAGGCAAUUAGAUUAUUUUUCAGCUCUGUAUAUUUUUUUUACUGUUUAAAUGGUUUUUUCCUCACUUUUCUCCUGUAAUAUUACUACUGCUGAAACUCUUUACAAUGUAAUCCCUUAAUUAUGCUUACAAAAUCAUAAAUGACCACCCUCUUUCCUUUGAUCACA